CCGUUAUCGAUCUGUUGCCAUCGCUAAAUACUAUAGCCUCCUAAUAUCGAAGUACCAAAUAACGCCUCAUCAUCAUCUUUCAAAAAUCUUUCUUAUAAAUUUAUGGGCAGAAAGUAACUUAUUGUAAAAACAAUAAAUCGCAUUUAACGGCAAAAAUAUCAGAAGUCAGUGUCUUUCCCCUGCUGCUUACUAUUCUGUGGCCACCAAAGCGCUAUUCUCUGCGGCAACAAAAGUUCUAUAAAAUAGAGCCAAUAAUAUUAAGUCGCCAUGUCUGUGCGCGUGAUUAACGACGAGUCCCAUUUUCAAGCGGAGUUGGCUCAGGCGGGUGUGCGCUUAGUCGUUGUGGACUUUACAGCCACAUGGUGCGGACCCUGCCAGCGAAUAGCGCCCAUCUUUGAGAUGUUUCCCAACAAGUACCCCAAGGCGAUCUUUUUGAAGGUCGACGUGGAUAAGUGCCAGGAUACAGCCGCCGGACAGGGCGUUUCGGCCAUGCCCACGUUUAUCUUCUACAGAAACAGGACCAAAAUUGACCGCAUCCAGGGAGCGGACGUCAAUGGACUGGAGGCCAAGAUUCAAGAGCACAUCGGCACCGGCGCCGGUGAAGAGUCUGGCGAGGACUACGGCCAGGGAUUGAUGGAGCUGAACACCUUCAUCUCGAAGCAGGAGUGCGAAUGCCUCAACGAAGCCGAUGACCAUAAUUUAAAGCACGCUCUGGCCUCCGCCGGUGGUUACCUGCAGUCGGAUUGCGACGAGCAGUUAAUCCUGUCUAUCACCUUCAAUCAGGCCGUAAAGAUACACUCUCUGAAGUUCAAGGCACCCGCGCAGCUAGGUCCCAAGGAUGUCAAGUUGUUCAUCAACCAGCCACGUACCAUAGACUUCGACAUGGCCGAGUCUAUGACCAGUGUGCAGGAUCUAAGCCUGGCUGAAAAGGAGCUGGAAAACGGAGUUCCCGUUAAUCUGCGUUAUGUCAAGUUCCAGAACGUUCAGAACAUUCAAAUCUUCGUCAAGAACAAUCAGUCGGGUGGCGAUGUGACGCAGAUCGAUUAUAUUGGCUUCAUUGGCUCUCCCAUCAUGACUACCAAGAUGAAUGACUUUAAGCGAGUGGCCGGCAAGAAGGGUGAAAGUCACUAGGUUACCCACUUGGAUUCCAAUGAAAAUUUCUACGUUUUCCCAAUUGACGUCCCGGUACUUCUAUUCAACUUUCGACUUACAACUAAGCAAUGUACAACAAAUGCAUAAAAAAUCAUACAAAACAA